AUGGUUGAAACAUCAUCGAAAACUAAACGUAAAACAUCCCAGCGAACACAAGAUCCAGACUUUAUUUUUCAAGAAACUAAUAAAAACAAAGAACAUAAGCAAAAGCGACAAAAAAAUCCCGAGAAAGAAUAUAAUUUAGAUCAAAUUGUGAAUCUCAACGAAAUCACACAACCACUAAUAUGUAAAAUAUGCUCAAAAGCUUUCCUGACGCACGUGGAAUACGGUUAUCAUUCCAGAAUUCAUAACGAAGACGGUCUAUAUUCUUGUCAUCUGUGCGAAUAUUCUAUAGACACCAAACACGCUUUUAAAAAACACGUAAAAACUCACGACGUAUUUAAAUGUGAAAAAUGUGAUAAAAUAUUGAAAACUAAAUUUUCCGCCGAUAAGCAUGUUAAAUCUCAUCAAACUCCUACGACUGUACAAUGCGAACUGUGCGGGAAACAUCUCAAGAAACAAUGUUUAUAUUUACACAAAAGAUCUCUACAUUCCGAUAACAAAACUUUAGCGAAAUGUCCUAUUUGUGGUAAGGAGUACCAGAAUUCUGGGAGUUUGCGUCAACAUUAUUCAGCAUUCCAUAAAGAAAUGGGUAUCGACAUGUCGGUGGUUUGCGAUAUUUGCGGUAUGCGUUUAUCUUGCAAAGCUACUUUAGCUCAGCAUUUAAGAACUCAUACUGGGGAUAAACCAUUCGCCUGUCAAUCUUGUCCGAGGAAGUUUAUUUCUAAAGAUAUUUUGGUGGCACAUCUGAGAGUUCAUACUGGAGAAAAACCGUAUAUAUGUAAAUAUUGCGGGAAGAGAUUUGCUCAUGGAGCUCCCUAUAGGUAUCACGUGAAAACUCAUACUGGAGAAAAAGAUCACCACUGUCCGAUUUGUAAUAAAGGAUUCAUUUUGAAGGCUCCUAUGAGAAAUCACAUGAAAAAUUGCCGAUCUAAAAAAUUGCGCAAACGACAACAGAAAAUCAAGAACGAUAUCGCGUCUCUAUUCGAGGAUAAUUGGGAUACAUUCGUUAAAGACGAACCUGACUUAGAUUUCGAAGAAUCUAAACCUCCCGUAAAGAAACGCGGAAGACGAAAAUCACCGGAAUUAGUAUUGGAAAAAUUUAUAAACUUGAACGAAGUAACGAAACCGCUUAUCUGUACACAUUGUUCCAAAGCGUUUUUAACUCAUAUCGAAUUUGGUCUUCAUUCGACAGUACAUAAUGAAGACGGUUUCUACUCGUGUCAUAUGUGUGAUUAUCGAAAAGAUAAUAAAAAAUCCUUCAAAAUCCACGUGAAGAGUCAUGAUCUUUAUAAAUGUGAAAAAUGUAGCAGAAUUUUAAAAAGUAGACUUUGCGCUUAUAAACAUUCGCAAUCACAUACCGUGCAAAAUCCCGUACAAUGUGAAAUAUGCGGUAAAUAUUUGAAGAAACAAUGUCUAUCUAUACACAAGAAGAUACUGCACAGUAACGAAAGAUCCAACUUCAUAACCAAAUGUCCCAUAUGUGACAAGGAAUAUCAAAAUCCCAGUAGCUUGAGACAACAUUAUUCCGCUUUUCAUAAAGAAUUGGGUAUCGACGUUUCCGUCGUUUGCGAUAUUUGCGGAAUGAGAUUGUCUUGUAAAGGUAAACUCCCACAACAUUUACGCACUCACACAGGCGACAAACCUUUCAGUUGCGAUAUUUGCCCUAAGAAAUUUAUCGCUAAAGAUAUCCUUGCGGCGCAUAUGAGAGUUCACACGGGAGAAAAGCCAUACGAGUGUAAAUUUUGCGGCAAAAAAUUCGCGCACAGUGCUCCUUAUAGAUAUCACAUCAAAACUCACACAGGCGAAAAAAAACAUACGUGUCCUUUGUGUAAUAAAGGAUUUAUUUCAAAAGCUAACAUGAAAAUUCAUCUGAAGAGCUGCACCACUCAGAUAAGAUGA